GGAUGGACGCCGCUGAUGCUAGCAGCAUACAAAGGUCACAAAGACAUGGUUGAGCUGCUGCUGGGCACUGGCAAGGUUGACGUGAAUGCGAGAAGCGAUGAAUUAUCGACGCCUCUGCUUUUGGUGGCGCAGUUUGGUCGCGAGGCCAUUGUGGAAAUGUUGCUGGGAACUGGCAAGGUUGACAUCAACGCAAAAGACAAAGAUGGGGAUACAGCGUUACUGUUAGCCGCACAGGAAGGGCAUCAGAUUAUUGUUGAACAGCUGCUAGCCAAACAGCAUAUUGCAGUCGAUGUGGAAAACAACGACGGAUGGACACCGCUAACGCGGGCGGCAGAAAAUGGACACAAAGAUACAGUCAAGCUGCUGCUU